ACGUCUCUUUGGAAAGGCAGUCACAAGAGGCAAUGGAUGGCCUGGGGAGCAAUAAUACCAGUUCUAGGUGGUGCAUCUAUGUAUGCCGGGUUACCAAUAUCUGAUUUUAUGGAGUACACUCCUUUGACAAAGUCAAUUAUUGAACUUUGAUUUUAAGAAUUUAUUUUAUUUAUUUUUUUUACACCAUGAAGAAAAAAAGAAAAAUUGUUCCAAAAGUCCAACAUCGAUCAACAAAUGUGAACGGUAAAAAAACUCCCACAGACUCUGCCUUUGUACCGAGUGACAAAAAAAAAUCAUUUGUUGAUAGCACUGUUGUUUCUCCAAGUCCAGAUCAGAGAAAGCUUUUAAGCUCUUUGCAUUACAAUAAGAACUUGCUAAAGUAUUUGAAUGAUGACCGCCAGCGCUCAACAUCCUUUUGCGAUCUCCUUAUUAUAGUUGAAGGGCAAAAGUUCAAGGUGCACAAAGUGGUAGUGGCUGUGGGGAGCAGUUACUUUUAUGCUUGCUUGAGUAAAAACCCUACGACAGAAGUUGUGACCUUAGACCAUGUCAGCAGCUCUGUUUUCCAACACUUGCUUAAUUUUCUCUACACUUCUGAGUUGUCGGUGUGGGACUAUGAAAUAAGUUUGGUUCUGGAGGCAGCUAGGUUUCUUGACAUAAUAGAUGCUGUAAAGUUGUUGGCUGCAGAGAAUGAUGGUAAUUCUGCAUCUGUAAUACAAUCACCUCCAACCAUAGACAAAUCUAUUAGUAAGUUAGAAUCCCCUCAUAAGUGUCCAUUCUGUGGGAGAGGUUUUUGCUACAAAAAGACUUUGGAAAACCAUGUAGACAAAGCCCACGGUUCUGCCAAGGCAAUUGAUGCUCUUCACAGUGAUCCCUCAACCAGAAAGUCAACACGAAAAAGGAAAUGCCCAGCAAAAUUUGAAAAUGGUAAAGUGCGGGAUAAUGAAAGCGCAUCAAGUGGUGGUUCAUGCAAUAAUGGCCAAGAAAGGACUGACUCUGAAGAGUCUGAAAGUGAAAUGAACGAGGAGGGAAGUGGACUGCAGGUGAAAGACGAAACUGGGAAUCAAGAGAAUGGAGAAGAAACAUCUGGAGGAGAUGGAGGGCAAAGCGGUGGGGAGCUUGGUGAAAAUGAAGAUGGAAAUGUCAAUUCGGAUACCUUGGGUAAUUACCCAGAAGGACUUGCCCCCAUUGUGUUACAGAAGAGUAGCAAAAAAGAGUUAAAAUGUCCGAAGUGUGGCAAGGUCUUUGACAGAGUGGGGAAGUAUGAGAGUCACACUCGUGUACAUACAGGAGAGAAGCUUUUUGAGUGUGAUAUUUGCCAGCAACGAUAUUCUACCAAAUCCAACCUUACAGUGCACAGGAAGAGGCACAGUAGUGAGACAGUAAUUCACAGCAAAGAGCACAAGUGUCCGUUUUGCAGCAAACUGCAUGCAAGCAGGAAGACCCUUGUUAAGCAUGUCAGAAGGUUCCACCCAGAGAAUGCACAAGAAUUUCUAGCCAUUAAAAGACUCAAGAGUGAAGGGUGGAAAUGUGAUAUCUGCAAUAAAUCCUUCACCCGAAGGCCUCAUCUUAAAGAACAUAUGAUUCUCCACACUCAAGACAAGCCCUUCAAAUGCACCUACUGCGAUGAAAAGUUCAAAUCCCGCUUCAAAAGGUUGAAGCAUCACGAAAAGUUUCAUCUAGGGCCUUUUCCUUGUGACAUCUGUGGUCGUCAAUUUAAUGACUCUGGAAAUCUAAAGCGUCACAUUGAUUACACUCAUGGAGGGAAGAGGAAGUGGACCUGCUUCAUAUGUGGAAAAUCGGUAAGGGAAAGAACAACCUUGAAAGAACACUUGAGAAUUCACAGUGGGGAGAAGCCACACCUUUGCAGUAUUUGUGGACAGAGUUUUCGCCAUGGAAGUUCUUACAGGCUUCACCUUCGUGUGCAUCACGAUGACAAGCGUUACGAAUGUGAUGAGUGUGGGAAGACCUUCAUACGCCAUGACCAUCUCACAAAACAUAAAAAGAUACAUUCUGGUGAGAAAGCUCAUCAGUGCGAAGAAUGUGGAAAAUGUUUUGGGCGUCGAGACCAUCUGACUGUUCAUUAUAAGAGUGUUCAUCUGGGAGAAAAGGUUUGGCAGAAGUACAAAGCCACAUUUCAUCAGUGUGAAGUCUGCAAAAAGGUUUUCAAAGGGAAAUCCAGUUUAGACAUGCAUUUCCGUACACAUUCUGGUGAAAAGCCGUAUAAAUGCCAGAUAUGCAACCAAUCCUUCCGCAUCAAGAAAACUUUGACAAAGCAUCUUGUCAUACACUCGGAUGCCCGUCCCUUUAACUGUCAACAUUGCAACGCCACAUUUAAACGCAAGGACAAACUAAAGUAUCACAUUGACCAUGUCCAUGGGUCUAAAGUGGAGGAGGAAACAUGCGAAGAACCAAAAAACUUCCCAGUUGUCCCAGAAAGCACUGAUGCAGAUAUCUGUGUGCCACUUACCCUAGUGACUGUUGAUCUAGCAGAGUCAGAAGGAGAACUAGAACGGCAUACAGAAUCUUCUGUGCUAGCCUCACAAGCAGCAUACCAACGGACACCUGACUUGGCCUUCCUUGAAAAAUACACACUAACCCCUCAACCAGCCACACUUUUGCACCCAGUGAGACCAGAACAGAUUCUGGAGAGUAGAGAACACUCUUACCUGGGGUCUUUGCUUGGGCUGGAUUCCCAGCAUCCUGUGCCAAGUAUUGUGACAGGUGAACAUCACUAAUCUGGGGGAUCAAUCUGCAAACCUUAUUGUAGAAGGCUUAAGGGCAGGUACCCCCUUUUUAGACCUGUAAAGGACCAGAUUUCUCUAGAUUGCUUUAUUUAUGAUUGUUGGGUCUAUCUUCAAGCAGCUAUAGAGUAAACGCUAAUUUCUAAAGAUAAAUGAACAGAAACUACCUUUUUAAAAGACUGAUGAUUAUUGUUAUGUACGUGGUGGCAGUAUUCAGAUGUAAUUAUCUGAACAGAAAGAAUCCUUUGAGAUAUGUCCUGGGAAGUUUACAUUAUUACCAACCAAUGGUACUAAUUUUUUUUUACUUUGGUAAGAUGACAGGCUGAUAUUUAUCUUUGCAAUGUGUAUAUAUAGGCAAUAAUGUUAAAAUAAUCAAUUUAUUCAUAAUCUUCUACUUUACAAGUAGCUUUCUGGCACUAUUACAAGAAAUUGUCCGUUGACCAGUUCUGCUAUAAAAGCAAAAUGGCCGCCUAUGUCAGUGCUUAAGGAACGUUUUCAGGAAGAUUAAAACUGCAUACAGAAAAAUGAUGGUGAGACAGGUACAUUUUAAUGAUAUUAACUCUCCUGUUGUUAUUUAGGGAAUCAUUGCUCUUUAAGCUGUCACUGAAUUUGUAAUUUUUGUCUUUUUUUUUUUUUUUUGGCAAAUUAAAUGUUAAAGUAACACUCCAAACUGGAGCU